AAAUAUAGAUAAAAAUAGAUGUUGUCAUCAUUGCGAUAUAUCCGAGAACAAACAGCCCACAGUUCUUUGAAUUUAAUUGAAAUAUUGUCAGUUAUCUUACGAUUUGGUUAUAAGUGAAUUGGGACCUCUGCAUUUUGAAAAUGGCAACAAGUGCAGUUGCAGCAAAUCACCAUGUUGUGAAAGCUGGCUGGAUGCAGAGAGAGAGUGAUGUAUUGAGAAGAUGGAAGAGUUGUUACUGUAUCUUGAAGACGAACGGUAUGCUUUCGUAUUUCAAUGAUGAGAAGCAGAAAGACCUACAAGGACAAAUCAACCUCCCCAGGGAUUGCUUCGUCUUGAAGAUUGCACGUGAUGUGACUGGUGUGACGCCUCCGUCCAGCCACGAUAUACUGGGCUUGAUUGAAAUCCGUACAAGUCAGGCAAAUACAAUCUUCUGUGCGGAUUCGGCCGACGAUGCCCAGACUUGGAAACUUGUGUUUGAUGAUGUCAUCAGAGCUAAUAGAGUGGCCCCCAAUGCCCCGCAUGGACAGCAACCACCCGUCAUCAUCAACGGCACUGUUCCUCCGCCCUGUUAUGCAGCCGGACCCGCCCCGAUCCCUCCCCAAGUCGUAUCGGUCAACCCUCCCCCGGUGUAUACCGUCAACCCCUCACCAGUGACCGUCAUCAAUCCGGGGUCCACUUCCAGGGUGACCUCUACAACCUACUAUCCCAAUGGUCAGUCGGUCACUCAAAUCCAGAGAGGUGGUCUGGGGACCUGUUACCCCGUGCAGCAGACCGUCUACACGUACCCUGGUCAGACCAUCGUCCCAAGUAGCAAUGGAACAGUGACCACGUAUCAUGUCCCAAAUCAGACCACCACCCGAGUGUAUCAAACCAGAUACUACUGAGGUUCCUUCACCUUCAAACACUUAAUUACAUCCAUGAUAUGUCGUCGUUGAUCAGGGGCGCAUAACACAAACCUUAGCAAUGAUGAUAGAACAUUUUUUAUGAUUAAUUGCAUUGACUACAAUGUACAAUUAAUCAUGAAAAUCAAGCGUGCGAUCAAUCGCUAACCUUUCUGUUACGGGACCCAGAUAAGAACAUGGAUGCCAGCCAUAAACCUCAUGGAAAAACUCAGUAUGAUGCGCAGCAAGACUUGCCCUGUUGUCCCAGUUUCUCUCGUCGUGUACUGUAAAAGGCUUUUGAAAGGCUUUGUGAAGGUUUUCAAAAGGUCAUUCCUUGACUCUCUUUCCUGCUGUAAUUCUUUCUAAUCAUCAUGUUCUAUGUGAAUACAUGAAGGAAUUGAAGUGAAAGACUCUACCAGAAUUAUUUCUUUCAAAUUUUCUCACAGCAUCUCUUGUUAGGGUGCUCAAUCUAGGGUAGACAGAGGAGUCCCACUCUCUUGAGCCCCCAAGAAAUUUAUGAAAUGAAUGAAUAGAUAGCAUACAAAUGAAUAAAGAAUUAUUAUUAUCAAUAACAAAUGUCUAAAUAUUUUUAGAAAUAACGAAAAAUAAAGAUUAUAGAAUUACAAUGUUUUCCUCUUUUGACAACUUCAAAAAAAAACUACUGAGCAUCUUUUCUAUUUUUAUGAACUUUAAUCAGCUCCUUAUUCCAAGAUCCCCCCCCCCCCUUCCUUCCCUCAGAGAAACCAGCCUAUGCUCUUGUACAUGCCUGUAGUUUGUUAUUUAAUCAGAUUUCUCCAUCGUCUGUGCAGAAUUGAUGAAAACAUAUAUUUUUCCAAUGUUUUCUUAAUUUUAAUCUUUGAUGUCGCCAUCAAUAGAAGUCAAAUCAUGAUUGUAGAAAUGCUAUUCAAUAUAUGGUAUAUUGAAAAUUUUAAUACAAAAUAAAUUAUAUACUUUGAUCUAAUCAUCUUUAAUCCCAAUAGAAUCUUUUUCAUUAACCUUUGGAUCUAACAUAAUAAUUUCAGAACUUGUGAAUUAAGGUACGGAUCGUCCUUAACCAAAGAUUACUGCAGCUUAAAUCCAUAAGAUUUUGUUUAUUUGUUUCUGUAGUAAUACUAAUGAAUACAUAAUAUCAGGGUGUUACAUAAGCACUUGCCCGAUAGCCCGGGGCAAGUAAAAGUUAGAGUCAAACAAGUGUUUUUAAGCAAAGACCAAAACUACUUGCCUGAAUUGGGCAAGCAAGAUCACACAGUAGAAAGCAAAAUUCUGAAAGUAGAAUGACCAAAAUUAGGUUCCAUAUGAUAUUGAUGCUAAUUUUUGUCAUAGCAGGCAAGAUAAAAUCACUUUGGUAAAAGAAGUGCAAUAACAACUUAGAUCAG